GGGUUGGAACCUCUAAUCCGGUUGUGCAUGUUUUCAUUAUAUUAUGGAUAUCUAUUCAGUAAUUGAAUUAAUUAAUUAAUAUAGAAUAAAUAUUGAAUUAAUAUUUAUAAUACAAUAAAUAUAGUAAUAUGAUAGAAUAUAUAAUUUAUAUUUUAUACGUAAUAUAUAUGUAAUAUAUAUACUUUUCACCAUGGUUGAGACCCGUAGUGGGUUAGACACUAGCCCCUACACCAAGGAGCAGCAAGAGAAGAUGACCGCCUUAGUCAAAGAGAAUAGGGAGAGGAAAGAGUGUGAGAAGCAAGCAAAGUUGAAGGCGAUUGUAGACGAACAGGCGGUGAAGUUGAAGGAAAUAGAGGAGGAGAUGGAGAAAAAGAAGAAGGUUUCUCAAGAAGAAGCGGCAGCAGAAGAAGAAACGGAAAGAAUGAGGAUUGAAAGCAGAGAAGGGAGUAGUGGCACGAAGAGGGACACAGACGCUGAGAUUGAGAAGAAUAUCAGCGAGUGGGUUGCUAAGUUAUCGUUGGGAGAAGAUGAGGAGGCGGAGUCGUAUGUGACGGAGGAUGAGAAGGCCGCACUGGCCGCUGAGCUGGCAGCCAUGGCGGGCCCUAUGGAACGAAGAGAGAGGGAAGACGAGCAGAAGCUACAAUGGAAGUUGAGAAUGAAGAGGGAGAAGAGGAGGAGGCGAGAAGAAGUGAAUAAAAUGACCGCAGCCGUGGCACAGGUCUUGGAGAAGUUGAGAGAGUCAAACUUCAAGAUCAACGCGAAGAAGUGCGAGUGGGCCAAGACGCAAGUCUUGUACUUGGGCCACGUAUUAGAUGGAGACGGCAUUAAGCCAGAGGACAGCAAGAUCGCGGCAAUUAGAGAUUGGCCGACGCCCCGCACAUUGACAGAGUUGCGGUCGUUCCUAGGCCUAGCCAAUUACUAUAGAAAGUUCGUCAGGAACUUUUCUACUAUCGCCGCUCCCUUGCGCAGGUUGCUUAAGAAAGAGGCAAUCUGGCAAUGGGAUAGAGAUUGUACGUCUGCGCUCAAGAAGUUAAAGCGCGCGUUAAUAGAGUACCCUGUCCUYAAAGUUGCAGAUCCGUCGUUGCCAUUUGUCGUCACCAYGGACRCRAGUCAGUAUGGGAUAGGCGCCGUGUUGCAGCAAGAUGACGGCAAUGGUUAUAGACCCGUAGAGUUCAUGUCAGCGAGGAUGCCCUCAGAGAAGGUAGCCACCUCGACGUAUGAGAGGGAACUCUACGCUCUUAGGCAGGCUUUAGAACACUGGAAGCAUUAUCUGCUUGGGAGGCACUUCAAAGUAUACUCAGACCACGAAACUCUUAGAUGGUCAAAGACCCAGGCCAAGAUGACACCUAAGUUGACUAGGUGGGCCGUAGGGAUCGACCAAUAUGACUUCGAGCUUAAGCCAGUGAAGGGCAAGUACAACGUAGUUGCGGAUGCUCUAAGUAGAAGAUCAGACUACUUUGGAGCUAUAGUACACUAUCUGGAUAUAGGGAGAGACCUGCAGGAGAAAGUGAAGCAAGCAUAUGCACAGGCCCCUAUCUAUAGCGACCUCCUAAAGAGAGUUAGAGAGGCCCCAGAGACUGAGCCAGAUUACCGCACUACAGACGGGUUGCUGUUUGAGAAGACUAAUGUGUUUGACCGUCUGUGCAUUCCCAGUAGCGAGGAGAUCCGCAGUCUGAUUUUAGGGGAAUGCCACGAUACUGAGGGACAUUUCGGUUGGCAAAAGACCUUAGCCAACCUGAUGUGUGUGUACACCAGGCCAGGAAUGAAGAAUGACUGCAUAGAGUAUGUCCGCAGUUGCAAAGUAUGCCAGCGUAAUAAAACUACUACGCGCGCGCCCCUAGGUCUUCUCAGACCCUUGCCUAUUCCGGAUCAGCCGGGAGGCUUAGUGUCCAUAGACUUUAUGGACACCCAAGUCAAGAGUAGACAUGGCAAGAGCCAAGUCAUGGUCAUAGUUGACCGGUUUAGUAAGUAUGCAGUUUUUGUUCCUUUGCCUGCAGAGGCACGUACAGACUUAGUGACACAGAAGUUCUUUGACUUUUGGGUUAGUGAGAACGGAAUCCCAUUGUCAAUAGUCAGCGAUAGAGAUAGUCGCUUCACCAGCCAGAACUGGCAAGAACUCAUGAGAGCGUACGGAUCUAAGUUGUUAAUGUCAUCUGGCCGUCAUCCAAAGACCAACGGCCAAACAGAACAGAUGAACAAGAUCCUACAGCAAGUUCUGCACAUGUACAUUAGACCAGAUCAGAUCAACUGGGAUGAGAUGUUGCCUAAGGUAGCUAGUGCCUACAACAACAGCCUGCAUCUAUCCACCUGCCGCACUCCCAAUGAGUUGCACAAGUCCUUUAGACCAUGCAGACCGUUCGAAGGACUAAACCGGAAUCAGAUUCAUAGACUACCGCCCGAUACCAGGGAGUUUGCGAUGCAACACGAGAAAGAAUGAGCAACUGUUGUUGAGAACCUUAGAAAGGCCCAACAUAGGAUGAUAGAACAGGCUAACAAGCACCGUCA